AGGCUUAUAAGACAGUACCAGAAUGGUGGUUCCUCAUUUUAUUAUUUGGAAGCAUGGCACUAUCCAUAAUGAUGUCUUUGGUGUGGAAAGUGGAUGUGCAACUUCCAUGGUGGGGUAUGCUCUUUGCUUUUGCCUUAGCUUUUGUUGUAACCCUCCCAAUUAGUGUCAUCCAAGCAACUACCAACCAGCAACCUGGAUAUGACAUUAUAGCACAGUUCAUGAUUGGGUAUAUCCUUCCUGGAAAACCAAUUGCAAACUUGCUCUUUAAGAUUUAUGGGAGAAUCAGCACCGUCCACGCGCUCUCUUUCUUGUCAGAUCUCAAGCUCGGGCACUACAUGAAAAUCCCUCCUCGUUGCAUGUACGCAGCACAGUUGGUUUGGUUGGUGUUUCAAGUGGCCAGCUUCUUAUAUUGCACAGCAGUGAUGAACAAAUAA